GACCUAUGGAGUGGAUUGUGUCCUGAAAUGAUUGUGUUUUUUGUUGUUGUUUGUUGUCAUGAAAUGGGACGUAAUUCAUGUUUUGACGUUGAAAAGUUGUAUUGGUUGGAAUGUGGGAUGGGGAAAUGUAUUGGUUGGGAUGUGGGAUAGUCCAAUCAGACGUCAGUGGAGCGGGGCUGGAGAGGAAAGAAGAAAAAAAAAGAGAAACGGGAAGUGACUCUGGACGAGGGGGAUGUUUUGUGUUUUGGGUCGAUGACGGCACACGGAAAGAAUUCAGGGACAAGAACAAACAAGCGACGCCAAGAGCGUGAAAGCAUGAGUCUGGAUGAUCGCGGUGGCAACAUGACAUCAUUGAAAUACAUGUUUGUCUUCGUGUUCCUCAAAGCAAUGCAUCCGUCGGAGGAGGUUUGCCUGGACUUUUUUGAACUGGAUCAAUGGAUGUCACUAAAUCUGAAAGCAGACUUUGACUUCGUGAUUACUGAAGAUCCCAAGGACCAAAUGAUCUGUACUUUACAGAGCGCGUGCCAUCAGGGGAAAAUGGGAGCGUGUAUCUUGCUAGAAGAGUGCUAUGGAGCCCAGGACUCUCUUUUCUAUCAAACACUGCCCGAGUGUGAAGGGCGACCUUCUGUGAAAGUCCAUUUCUAUCACAUCAUUUGUUUGAUGUCCAGAACGUUCGACUCCAGUAGUCGAGCCUGCGACUACACACACGUAUGCAAUGCACUCCCAGAAACACACUGUAGUGUUUCCAAUCUGUCAAAGACAACACUGCCAGAAAUGACGACAACAACAACCACAGAAGCAGCCCCAACAAAAACAAUGAUAUCAAAAUCAGACCCAAAAGCACCACCGCUACGUCCCGACAAGACUUCUCCAGAUCCUGAAGUUUCCAGUCCGUCAACGACAACACUGCCAGAAAUGUCAACACUGCCAGAAAUGACCACACUGGCAGAAAUGACAACACUGCCAGAAAUGACGACAACAUCAACAACAAAAGCAGCCCCAACAACUGCAGAUCCCAAAGCUUCCUGUCACUCCCUUUUCGCGCUGAUUCGACGUAUACUAGCCUUGGUUAGACGUAUGCUAACUAUAAUUGAACGUCUACCAGCUAUGAUUCAACGUCUACUAAUGUGGAUCGCAAUCCUGGUGAUUGCUGUAAUUCUGUCUGUGGUCUUCCACUUCGUCGUGCAAGUUGUGGUGUGCUGCAAAACCUAUAUUAACACGGUGCAGUGCAUAUGGUCAGCAUAACAGCCCGGGAUGUUCCAGAGACAUUUAAUGUGUCUCCAACACACUUCAUAUUGCAACAUUGAAAGUGAUUUAAUGUUUCUGUUUUUUAGAUUUCAGACCAGUCUGUUGGGGCCACAAUGAUGACGGUUGCAAUGAUGCACAGAUAUUCUGUGUGCGCUUUUACAAUCAAUCACACUGUUUUCCUGGUGUUAGAUGCCCUGGUUGGAGAGAACUCAUGACCAGAUAUACCAGGAAUCCAUUCACCUUCAUUAGAGAAUCGCUUCAAGAGGAUCAUGAAACAUUCAUGAGAAUCGCUUUGGAGUUUCUCAUUUUUUAAUUAUUAUCUUUAGAGCCUCUGUCUUUUAAGGAUUGAAUCGUUGCCCUCUUUUGAGCUUAAUCCACAGAUUUCCACCACAUUGGCUUUGCUAUGAAGUCAUGCAUUGCGUCUUUUUAAUCCAUAUCGCCUGAUAUCUGAUAUUAUUUAAAUGAGACCUUUUGUCACGGUUUGGCUUCGCUUCCUGUUUUAGUUUGAAGUUUCAUGUCUCUUGUGGUCCUGGGUUAACUUCACUUCCUGCCUUGUCUUGUGAUUGCGUGAUUGAUUCCACCUGUGUCCAAUCACCUGCACCUCCCUUGUGUAUUUAAGCCCUGUGUGCCAGUUGUCCUUUGUCGCGUCAUUGUCCAUGUCAGUCCUCGUUGGUGCACGUUCUGCUUGAGUUUUUGUUGAAUAAAUAGCACUUUGUCGGAAGACCCUGCGUCUGAGUCCUGCCUGCCUGCCUGCCUUCAACCUGCACCAGCCGAUCGUGACAGAAUGACGCGACCAUGGAAGGACUCAGCAGGGUUCGAUUGGGUACACCCAAUAUUGGGAGCCCGAGUCACCUUUGCGGGUUCCCGCAGGAAUCCAAAGGUGGUUCGGCGGGGCGCUUGCCCCCCAGCCACUCACGAGCCCUGGUUCCCGGACCUUGAGACCCGACAGCGGCGGCGCCGUCCAAACCGUCCGUCUCCGCCCGUCCUGGUUCCAAGACCCCCGUUUCAGCCCGAGUGGGCCCCAAGAUGCCCGUUUCAGCCCGAGUGUGCCCCAAGACGCCCGUCUCCGCCCGAGUGGGCCCCAAGACGCCCGUCUCCGCCCGAGUGGGCCCCGAGACGCCCGUCUCCGCCCGAGUGGGCGCCGAGACGCCCGUCAGCGCCCGUUCCUGCGCCGAGACGCCCGUC